CGCAGGCACAGCCCCAAAGUUCUUACACAUUCGGUUGCGCGCCAUCGUUCGAGGCGGUCGCACACUUUUCGUGCCAUAACCGUAAACCACUGUCUUCCUACCGUUUAACCCCAUCAAGUAUAUCGAAUAUCGAACCGACAACUGCCUUAAAACCACACCCACACACACACACACACACACAAAGUACCUAUAACCGUAAAAGCUGCCAAAAAACCAAAAACAACAAAAUCCAAAGUAAAAUCUAAGCCCCCCAACACAAGCGAUGGGAUCAUCCGGGUCCCAGGCGUCUGGGAUCGUGACGGGACGGAUGUCGCUGCUGUUGCGCCUCCUAGCGGUGGCGCUAGUGAUGAAUGCCUGCCACGUGCCGCUCACCAAUGCCAAGCAAGUCUCGAACUUUGACGAAGACCUGGACUUUAUCCUUGCCGACGAUGUGUCCCUGCAACCCAACGGCAAGGUGGACUCCAUGGCACUCCAUGGAGUCGGCGGCGACUCCCUGCUGGAUGACGAUGAGGGCUUCCUCAACGACGAUGACCUGCCUCUCGCCGAGGCGCAGCAGGCAGCGGACGAGGAUGAGGAGCUGGGACAGGGCAACUGGUUCAGCAAGGGCGUACACCGUGUGCGCCGUUCCCUCUCCCGCAUCUUUGGUGGGGAUCGCAAUCGUCGUGGUAUCACUGAGCGGCAGCAGGAGCGUCGCCGUAGGGCCAAGGAUGAGCGGGUGCGGUCGAAGCUCGAACAGAAGCACCGUCUCGAAGAGCAGAAGAAGCGUCCGAAGGUGAUGAUGAAGCAGGUGCAGCAGCAGCUGCACAAUCGUGCCACCGAUCCCCGUAAGCGCGCCUCCGAGCUGUACGACGAAACGGAGGGCAGCUCCCCCGAUGUCGAUGAGGAGACGAGUUUCUAUCGCACAUACUUCACCAUUGCCGAGCCCUACACGGACGAGUUUGCGGAUAGGAACAGCGAGGCCUUCCUCAAUCUGCAGAAGCUGCUCGAGGAGGAGAUACGCAAGUUCUUCGACACCACCGUCGAUGAUGAUGAGCUGGAAAUACGCAGCACCCUGUUGCGAGUUGAUCAAACGGAAGAUGGCUUCAAGGUGAAUGUGAUGCUCCAACUGGAGCUGCCCAAUCGCAUAACAGACUUCGAGGACCAACUGCGCGAACAGUUGACGACCUACAGCCGACUGGGACGAUUGGGUGCCUUUGCAGAUGAUAUAUUCACCUUCAAAAAGGUUCACGAAACCAUGUGGCAGGCAGCAGUCCCCCCAACAACAACGACACCACCACCACCGCCGAUGGAAACACCAGCAUCACCACCAGCCUUUAAGGCGGGAUGCGAUGGCCCGGACUUUACCUGCGCCAAUGGCCAGCGGAUCCAUUGCUAUGACCUGUGCAAUGGUCGAGAGGACUGUCAGGAUGGCUCAGACGAAUGGGAGGGAACCUGUGGCAGAUACUACAUCGAGCCCACCGAUCAGAGCGAUCCCAACGAUCCCAACGAUCCCAACGAACCCAGCGAUCCCAACGAGGAUCAACCUUCCCACGAGCCCACUGCCAGGCCAGAGUCCGAUGUCGAGGGUUCGGGCCACAACAGCUGGAACAGCGACUUGGGCUGUCGCGGCGAUGCCACAUUCAUCUGCCAUGUCAGCGGAAACACCAUCUGCGACGAGAUGCGAUGCGACGGCGUCUUCAAUUGCCAGAACGGCGAGGAUGAGGAGGAUUGUUACCCGCAGACCAACAGCGAUACCCGUCCUGGCCUGGUUUGCACUGAAGAUCAGUUCAGAUGCGACUCCACCUGCCUGCCCCUCUCGUACCGCUGCAAUGGGCAUAUCGAGUGCCGGGAUGAGACCGACGAAGCCGGCUGCCCACAGCCGCCGAACAGCAGCGGAGAGGAGGGCAACCGAGGAUCCGAGGCGCCCACCGAUCGUGAGCCUCAAGAAGACUUAGAUUCCGAUAAUCGUGAAAGCAUACCCGAGUCAGAGCCAGAGCACGAAUCAGAUCCUUAUCCUGAGUCAACUCCAGAGCCAGACACAGGUCGAAAUGAAGUGUGGUCUCCGGAAUGCCAGCCGAAUGAGUACCGUUGCCGCAGUGGACAUUGCAUUGAUGCUGGAAAGCGCUGCGACUACCGCGUGGACUGUCCCGAUGGUGACGAUGAGAACGAAGAGUGCCCCGCCGCCUGCAGUGGCAUGGAGUACCAGUGCCGCGACGGCACACGCUGCAUCAGCGUCAGCCAACAGUGCGACGGCCAUGCCGAUUGCAGCGACGGCGACGACGAAGAGCACUGCGACGGAAGUGGCUUUGGUGUCGAUGACGAUGGGCAGUGUCGGUUCGAUGAGUUCCGAUGCGGCACUGGUGAGUGCAUACCGAUGCGUCAGGUGUGCGAUAACAUAUACGAUUGCAACGAUUACACAGAUGAGAUUAGCUGUGAUAUCCUCACCAACGAGGAGGAAGACGGGCUUGGCAUACCUUUCGAACGGCGUCGACCAGCGCCCAAGUUGGGACGCAACAACGACGGUGAGCUGAGCACCGAGUACCUACCGGUGGGCAGAUACGACAAGGCUGAUCCCGAGAACAAUUGCGCCUCCAAUCAGUUCCACUGCGUCAAGACGGGCGUGUGCAUAAUGCUGCAUCUGCGCUGCGAUGGCUUCUACCACUGCAACGACAUGAGCGACGAGGCGGACUGUGAGCAGUAUCAGGCGCCGCCAAAGACGCGCAAGCCGCCAACGGUCAGCGUCACCACCCGAUCGCCGUGGGUCGUCUCCCCCGAUGCGCUCGAGCGGCGCACCACGGAGGGAGCAAGAAGCGAAGGAGGAGGAGGAGCAGUAACGACACGACCACCACCACAGACUGGCACUGCCACUGCCACAGCCACUAACCCAAUAACAACGACCUACCCAGUAGCAACAGCAACAACAGCAACACCCAAAGCGACGACCUACUCAUCAUCAUCAUCGUCAUCGCCAUCAUCAGGGACAAGCAAUUGCCUCGAAAACAUCGAAUUCGCGUGCCACAAUCGCGAUUGCAUACCCAUUGAGAGCGUCUGCGACGGCACCGUUGACUGUGGCCAUCACGAAGACGAGGAUUAUGCUCUGUGCAACUGCAGCAGCGACAAGUACAAGUGUCAACGCGGCGGCGGUUGCAUACCCAAGACGCAGGUCUGCGAUGGCAAAUCUCAGUGUCGCGAUGGCAGCGAUGAGAGUGCAUGCCACUUCCAGGACAAGUUCAAUAAGACCCGCCUGGGCGUCGAGUGCAUGAGCUUUCAGUACCAGUGCGGCGAUGGUAGCUGCAUUUCGGGGUAUAAGCGCUGCAACGGCAUCACCGACUGUGCCGAUGGGGCCGACGAGUACAACUGUCUGUUUAAUUACGAGGAUGUCGACUAUGACACAGACACAGACCCGGACAACAAUCCAUUGAAUGAAUGCGAUAUCCUUGAGUUUGAAUGUGACUUGGGUCAGUGUCUGCCGUUAGAGAAGAAGUGCGAUGGCUAUACGGACUGUGGCGACGAGACGGAUGAGCUCGAUUGCCCGGCCUUUACAGAGCAUUGUCUAGAGAACGAGUUCGAGUGCGACGAGUAUUGUAUGCCUCGCGAUCAGCUGUGCAACGGCAUUGCCAACUGCAACGAUGGCAGCGAUGAGCGCGGCUGUACUUUUUGCCGCGACAAUGCAUAUCUCUGCAACACUGGCGAGUGCAUUGCCGAUGGUCAGCGCUGCAAUGGCCAAGCCGACUGCUCCGAUGCCAGCGAUGAGCGCCACUGCGAUGUGAGAUCCACAGUGCCCGUAUCCAUGUCCUGCCAUCCACACCAGUGGCAGUGCGCGAAUUCCGAGUGCAUUUAUAGAUGGCAGUACUGCAACAAUCAGAAGGAUUGUCGGGAUGGCUCCGACGAGUUGCCCAGCAAUUGUUUCGGAAACGCCACCACACGACUAACCGCCGCCGAUUGCAGUUCGGAUCAGUUCUUCUGCGACGAUUCGUGCCUCAAUCACUCCAUACGCUGCAACGGUGUGACCGACUGCAGUGAUGGCAGGGACGAGCAUGGCUGCCUCCAUUCCAUACAACCGACAUCCAGCCACUACCCCAACCCGAAUCACCGCUCCUGUCCAGUGCACACAUGCCCCAGCAGCGGCAGGUGCUACUCGGAGAGUGAGCGCUGCGAUCGUCGCCGUCAUUGCGAGGAUGGUUCCGACGAGGCCAAUUGCUGUGCAUCCAAUCAAUUCCGUUGCCACAACGGUGACUGUAUCCCGUAUUCGUCCACCUGCGAUGGCGUACCACAGUGCCGCGAUGGAUCCGAUGAGCUGGAGUGCGGCGGCUCCCUGGAGUGCCUGCCGAACCAAUUCCGCUGCAACAAUGGCCAGUGCGUGAGCGCCACGGUGCGUUGCAAUGGCAAGACCGACUGCCAGGACAGCUCCGAUGAGCAGAAUUGCGGUCGCCACACAGAGGCGGAUACAACAGCUGCCACAAGUGGGACGGCCACCACUAGCACCACCACCACAACAGCCAGUCCAGGUCCAGGACUGCGUAUCAUCUGUCCGGCGACAUCGUUUCGAUGCGAGAAUGGGCCGUGCAUUGCCUUGGGAUUGCGCUGCAAUGGCCUUGUCGACUGUCCAUAUGACAGCAGCGAUGAGGCGGACUGUGGUCUGAUCAGCAACGAGAUCGAGCCCAACGAACCAGGACGAACCAACAAUCAAUUGAAUCUCAAGACAUAUCCAGAUAGCCAGAUCAUCAAGGAGCGAUAUAUUAGGGAGGGUCGCGAGGUGAUCUUCCGUUGCCGUGACGAGGGACCAUUCCGCGCCAAGGUACGUUGGACACGUCCCGGCGGCCAGCCUUUGCCCCCGGGCUUCACCGAUCGCAGCGGACGCUUGGAGAUACCCAAUAUACGCCUGGAGGACUCUGGCACCUAUGUGUGCGAGGCUGUCGGCUAUCCUAGUUACCAGCAGGGCCAGCAGGUCACCGUUCACCUCACCGUCGAGCGCUAUAACGACUUGGGUGCCCGUCCGAGCACAGCUUGCAGCCAGUACCAGGCGACAUGCAUGAACGGCGAUUGCAUUGACAAGAGCAACAUCUGCGACGGCAUUCCACACUGCUCGGAUGGAUCGGAUGAGCACAGCUGCAGCCACGGCCGCAAGUGUCAGCCGAAUCAGUUCCUCUGCAACAACUCCAAGUGCGUGGAUCGCACCUGGCGCUGCGAUGGCGAGAAUGACUGUGGCGACAACUCCGAUGAGGCCUCCUGCGAUCCCGAGCCCAGCGGUGCCCCCUGCCGCUUCAGCGAGUUCCAGUGCCGCAGCGGCCACUGCAUACCCAAGAGCUUCCAGUGUGACGAGGUCUCCGAUUGCUUCGAUGGCAGUGAUGAGGUCGGCUGCAUGGAGCCCGUGCCCAUUCGUCCGCCGCCGCCAGUGAAGGGACUGCUCGAGGGCGAGCCCCUGGAUUUGACAUGCGUGGCCACCGGCACACCCAUACCGACAAUUGUGUGGCGCCUCAACUGGGGCCAUGUGCCCGAGAAAUGUGAAUCGAAGAGCUUCGCUGGCACUGGCACACUCCACUGCCCGGACAUGCAGGUGCAGGACAGCGGUGCCUACUCCUGCGAGAUCAUUAACUCACGCGGCACGCACUUUGUCACCCCGGACACAAUUGUGACGGUCACACCGAAUCGGAAUCAGUUCUGCGAGGCUGGAUUCUUCAACAUGCUCGCCCGCUCUGAAGAGGAGUGCAUCAAGUGCUUCUGCUUCGGCGUGGCCAGCACCUGCGAGAGCGCCAAUCUGUUCUCGUACGCCAUCCAGCCACCGAUUUUGUCGCAUCGCGUGGUCAGCGUGGAGCUCAGUCCCUACCGCCAGAUCGUGAUCAAUGAGGCUACCAGCGGGCAGGAUCUGCUCACCCUCCAUCAUGGCGUGCAGUUCCGUGCCUCGAACGUUCUCUACGGCGGACGGGAGACGCCCUAUCUGGCGCUUCCCAACGACUACAUGGGGAACCAGCUGAAGUCUUACGGCGGCAAUCUGCGGUACGAGGUCAGCUACAUGGGCAGCGGACGUCCAGUGUCCGGCCCCGACGUCAUCAUCACCGGCAACCGCUUCACCCUCACCCAUCGCGUGCGCACCCUUCCGGGCCAGAACAACAAGGUGAGCGUGCCCCUGCUGCCAGGUGGAUGGCAAAAACCGGACGGCCGCAAGGCAACUCGCGAGGAGAUCAUGAUGAUCCUCGCCAAUGUGGACAACAUUCUUAUCCGUUUGGGCUACCUGGAUAGCGUGGCCCGCGAGGUGGAUCUGAUCAACAUCUCUCUCGACUCGGCUGGCACCGUAGACCAGGGCCUGGGCAGCGCCUCCCUCGUGGAGAAGUGCACCUGUCCGCCCGGCUAUGUGGGUGACUCCUGUGAGAGCUGUGCCCCAGGCUAUGUGCGCCAGCCCGGCGGAGCCUGGCUGGGCCACUGCGUGCCUUUUACCCCCGAACCCUGUCCAGCCGGCACGUACGGUGAUCCGCGCCGCGGCAUUCCCUGCCGCGAGUGCCCCUGCCCCCAGAGCGGCAGCAACAACUUUGCCAGCGGCUGCCAACUGCGUCCCGACGGUGAGGUGCUGUGCAACUGCUUCGAAGGCUACACGGGCAAGCGAUGCGAGACCUGCGCAGCUGGCUACCAGGGCAACCCACUGGCCCCGGGUGGCAGCUGCCACAAGACCCCGGAGUCGUCGUGCAACGUCGACGGCACCUACAGCAUCUUUGCGGACGGCACCUGCCACUGCAAGGACCGCGUCAUCGGCGAGCACUGCGACAGCUGUGCCCCCAACAGCUUCCACCUGAACUCGUUCACGUACACCGGCUGCAUCGAGUGCUUCUGCAGCGGCCACCAGGUGGGCUGCGGCAGCACCACCUGGAACCGUGAUCAGGUGACGAGCAGCUUCGGCCGUACCCGUGCCCCGCAUGGCUUCGAGCUGGUGCGCGACUACACGCGUCCCAUGGCCCAGAGCCUGGAGAUUGCCACCUAUGGAUCGGAGCUGAGCUUCAAUGCCGAAGGGGAGCACGGCGCGGACACGCUCUACUGGAGCCUGCCGGCCGUCUUUCUGGGCAACAAACUGGUUUCGUAUGGCGGCAAACUGAGUUACACCCUCAGCUACAGCCCGCUGCCGGGCGGCCAGAUGUCCCGCAACAGUGCCCCCGAUGUGGUGAUCAAGAGCGGCGAGGAUCUGCUGCUUAUCCACUACCGCAAGUCCCCGGUGAGCCCUACAACGGCAAGCUCGUACUCCGUGGAGAUCAAGGAGAGCGCCUGGCAGCGCGGAGAUGGGCAGUUCGCCAAUCGCGAGCACACCCUGAUGGCCCUCAGCAACAUCACGGCCAUCUACAUCAAGGCCACCUACACGACGAGCACCAAGGAGGGAGCCCUCAAGCAGGUGUCGCUCGACACGGCCACCGCCACACCUCUGGGCACCCAGCGUGCCUACGAGGUGGAGGAAUGCCGCUGCCCCACCGGCUACAUUGGACUCUCCUGUGAGACCUGCGCCCCCGGCUACAAGCGCGAUGAUGUCUCUGGCCUCUAUCUGGGUCUCUGCGAGCCCUGCGAAUGCAACGGACACUCGACCCAGUGCGAUGCCGAGUCUGGCGAUUGUAUUAACUGCUCGGACAAUACGGAAGGACCCAACUGCGAUCGAUGUGCUGCAGGAUAUGUGGGCGACGCCACAGGCGGCACCCCGUACGACUGCCAGCCGGACGGUGGAGAGCCACAGCCCCCAUAUCGACCAUUGGAGCCGGGCAACCAGACGAGCGACUGCAGCCGCUGGUGCCAGGCGGAAGGAACUGUCAACUGCCAGGGAAGCUACUGCUACUGCAAGCCAAAUGUUAUCGGGGAUCGGUGCGACCAGUGCCGCCCGGGCACCUACGGUCUUUCUGCCACCAAUCCUGAUGGUUGCAAGGAGUGCUACUGCUCCGGACAGUCGACACAGUGCCGCUCGGCGCCGCUCUACCGACAGCUGAUACCCGUCGACUUCUUCAAGAAUCCCCCCCUGCUGACGGACGAGACUGGGGAGAUCCAGGACGAGAAUAACCUUGACUUCGAUGUGGCCACCAAUAUGUACACGUACUCGCAUCCCUCCUACCUGCCCAAGUACUGGAGCCUGCGCGGCAGUGUGCUGGGCAACCAGCUGCAUUCAUACGGCGGCGAACUGCAAUACAAGCUGCACGUGGAAUCCUACGGCCGCUACGAGCCCGGCCAGGAUGUGAUCCUCAUUGGCAAUGGUCUGACGCUGAUUUGGUCGCUCAACCAGGAGUCACCGGAUGGCCUUAACAGGGUGCGCCUGAACGAGGAUGGUCAGUGGCAGCGCAAGGAUCGCGGACGCACUGUCCCCGCCAGCCGCAGCGAUUUCAUGAGCGUCCUCUCUGACCUCGAGCAUAUUCUGAUCCGUGCCACGCCCAAGGUGCCCACCACACGCACCUCCAUCGGCGAUGUGAUUCUCGAGUCAGCCGUCACCUAUGCCUCCCCCGGCCAUGGACAGGCUGCCACCGACAUUGAGCUGUGUCAGUGCCCUGCCGGGUAUACCGGAAACUCCUGCGAGACCUGCGCCCCGCUCCACUAUCGCGAUGCCGAUGACUCCUGCCGACUGUGCCCCUGCGAUGCGGACAAUAGCGAUGGCUGCCGCCUAGACAGCAAUGGCUACCCCGAGUGCCAGUGCAAGCCUCGCUUUAAGGGUGAACUCUGUCGGGAAAUCGACACAUCGCCCAUAUUCGAAGACCCGCCCAAGAUAUGUGAUAUAAGCAGGGGAUUCUGUUGCAGCGGCUUUAAGUUCGAUAUUGCGCCCAACGAGACAAUCUCGUUCAAUGACACCCUCCAGAUAUAUAAAGACAACAGAAUGAUAGGAAAGAUAACCAAGCUGCCCAACGGCUGUCACUCGAGAGAUACAGGCAACGAGGCCGAACAGCAACCGGAUGAGCCAGAAGAUAAUGGACUCACUCAGAUUAUUGUGUCCAUAGCCAGGCCCCAGAUCACGAUUGUGCCCGUUGGUGGAUCUCUCACGCUCAGCUGCAGCGGUCACAUGCGAUGGAACAAUGAUCCUGUGGUCGUUAGCUGGUACAAGCAGAACAGCCAUCUGCCCGAAGAUUCCGAAGUGGAGGGAGGAGUGCUGUACUUGCGUAACCUACAGAUCACAGACUCUGGCAUCUAUGUGUGCCAUGCCGAGAAUAACGAGACAAUGCACGGCUACCAGGACACCGUCUCCGUCACCAUAUCACAGGAAGGCCAACGGUCACCGGCCCAAAUUGUGGACCUGCCCAACCAUGUGACCUUCGAGGAGUACCAGCCGAACGAGAUCAACUGCGAGGUGGAGGGAAAUCCCGCACCAUCCGUGACCUGGACCCGCAUCGACGGGCAAGCCGAUGCCCAGACCCGCACCGAUGGCACCCGCCUGAUCUUCGACUCGCCCCGCAAAUCCGACGAGGGACGCUACCGCUGCCAGGCGGAGAACAGCCUCAAUCGGGAUGAGAAGUACGUCCAUGUCUAUGUGCAGAGCAGUGCCCCACCAUCGCCGCCACCACGUGAACGCGUCUACAUUCAGCCGGAGGAGUACAAUGGAGUGGAGGGCGACACCUUCCGCCUGACCUGCCAGUCGACCAGCGGCGCCAAUCUGCACUACGAGUGGUCCCUCAACGGCUACCCCCUGAGCGGACAGCGCAACAUCAUUGUCAGCGGCAAUGUGCUCGAGGUGCGCGACUCCAGUGUCCGUGACUCUGGCACCUAUACCUGUGGCGCCUACGAUCUGCGCACCCACCGCAACUACACCGAAGACGCACGCGUCUACAUCGAGCGUCGCGACCUGCCACCCACCGACGAUAGUUCAAGCCCCGUGAUUGUGCGCCUCCAAGAGCUGAUCACCAUCGAGCAGGGUCGCGACUUCAGCAUCACCUGUGAGGCCAGCGGCACUCCGUAUCCCUCGAUCAAGUGGACCAAGGUGCACGACCAUCUGGCCACCAAUGUCCAUGUGAGCGGCAAUGUGCUGAGCAUCUACGAUGCCCGGCCCGAAAACCGUGGCCCCUACUCCUGCAUAGCCGAGAACAUUCACGGCUCCGAUCAGUCCAGCACGAAUAUCGACAUUGAACCCCGGGAGCGGCCGAGCGUUAAGAUCGAGUCACCAUCCCUGCAGACCCACUCGGUCGGCUCCCAGGCGUCACUCUAUUGUCGCGCCAAUGGCAUACCAGAGCCCCAAGUGCAGUGGGUCCGCGUCGAUGGUACACCGCUCUCGCCGCGCCACAAGGAGAUGGGACGCGGCUAUGUUGUCAUUGAUGACAUUCAAAUUGGCGAUGCCGGUGCAUACGAGUGCAGGGCCGAAAAUCAGGUGGGCAAGGCCUCGGGCACAGCCACGCUGCGCGUUGUGGAGGCCCCACUGGUGGUGAUUAAGCCCGGCCAACAGAUCAUCCGUCUGACCGAUGGCGACGAACUGAAUCUGGAGUGCGUGGCCAGCGGCUACCCCAAUCCCAGUGUCCAGUGGAGCCCCAAGGGCCACGAGCCCGAAACGGAGACCAGUCUGGGCGUGAACCGUGAGUCCGUGAGCAACACGGCCUAUCUGAAGAUCUAUCGUGUUAGCCUCUCCGACGCUGGCAUCUACACCUGUUCGGGUGUCAACGAAGCCGGCAACGAUGAGCGCAGCGUUCGCGUGGACAUUCAGCCAAAGCGCGGCGACAUCAGUGAUAAUGAUGGCGAUGUGGAUCAUGGACCGUACCAGCAAACCGACUACCCAGCGCCACCAGUGUCGAGGCCAGGGCAACCACAGCGCUUCCCCACCAACUUUGGCGAUAAUGUGACCCUCACCUGCGACCUUGGCCCCUAUGUGACACGUUGGGUGCGCGUCGAUGGCCGUCCAUUGCCCUCGAAUGCCUACACCGAGCGCAACAGCCUGGUGAUCAUCUAUGUGCAUGAGCAGAAUCUCGGCCAGUAUCGCUGCAAUGCGUACGACAACCGGGACGAGGUGGUCACAUAUGUGGUCAGGGAGCUGGUGCUGCUGCCGCUGCCACAGAUCACCUUCCAGCCAAAGAUACCGCUGCGUGUCGAUGCCGGCGAGAAUGUUGAGAUCUACUGUGAGGUGACAAAUGCCCAGCCAGAGGAUGUGCACUGGGCCACCGACAACAAUCGACCACUGCCAGGUUCUGUGCACAUCGAUGGGCAAAUGCUGCGCUUCAUCUCGAUUGCUCCUGCCGAUGCUGGCGGCUAUCGUUGCACGGCCACCAAUUAUUAUGGCAACACCACCAAGACCGCCCAGGUGGUGGUCAAUCCACCGACCGUCUACGAGCAGGUGCCACAAUCGGAGGUGCAUCAGCGACGCGAGGGCGAAAGCAUUCAGAUGCGCUGCAGCGCCACCGUGCAUGGAGAGGAGCGCGGUAACCUGCAGUUUGAAUGGUAUCGCCAGGAUGGCCGCCCACUACCGAAUGGCGCCCGUCGUGACAGCCAGGUGCUGGUGCUGACCACGCUCCGGCCUCAGGAUGAGGGUCGCUACAUCUGCGAUAUCUACGAUCAUUCGAGCGGGCAGCGUCUGCCUGGCACCGCCGUCGAUUUGCAAGUACACCGAGCCCCAUAUCAAUACAAGGUCGGGCAGAGUAUGAAAGACAUGCCCUGCGUGGUUUUCUAUAUAUGUGCUGCAGACUUCAAGAGCAGCAAGGGGUCAUCCAUCAAGCCGCUAGCUCCUGGAGGCACCAUCCGUCCACCCAUCAUCUCGUACGCGUGCCAGCCGAGUGACUUCAAAUGCGUAUCGCAUCCGCAUACCUGCAUCAAGGCGGGCAUGGUGUGCGAUGGCAUCUACGACUGCCUGGACCACUCGGACGAGUUCAACUGCAUAGGAACCGCCGGCAAGACUGGGAAGACAUCAUCGAGCUCUGGAUCAGGAUCAGGAUUGGGCAGCUUUAAGCGCUGGAAGAAGAGCCAGAAGAUGGAUAGGGAUCAGCACCAUCAUCCAAUCGGAGGCCAACGACUGCAGAAACGUCAUCUGGUUUUGAGAAGGAGCUUCGCGGGUCUUCCAGUGGCCUCAGCCACUCCUGCGCCGGCACCGUACCGUCCUGCCUACCUACCGCCGGCCACAACGCCGGGCCGAGCGCGGGACUACAGCCUGAAACUGGACCAACAAUCAUCGAAUCUGCGUGCGGGCGAGGCCGCCGAAGUGGAGUGCUACUCCUCGGACAACAGCUACACGGAUGUGGUGUGGGAGCGGGCCGAUAGCCAGCCGCUCAGCCCCAAUGUUCAGCAAGUGGGCAACCGCCUUGUGAUAACUGAUGUGACAGCCGCCGAUGCUGGUCAAUAUGUCUGCAAAUGCCGAACGGAUGAGGGUGAUCUGUACACGACCAGCUAUGAGCUGACCAUCGAACAGCAGCCCCACGAGCUCAAGCGCUCCAAGAUUGUCCACUCGAAGGUGGGGGCCGAUGCCAAGCUCCAGUGCGGAGCAGAUGCCAGCCGACGGCCCAGCUACCGCUGGUCCCGCCAGUACGGACAGCUCCAGCCAGGACGAUCUCUGCUAGGGGAACAUUUGUCGCUCGAGGAUCUGCAGGCCAACGAUGCUGGCACCUACAUAUGCACAGCCGUGUACGGGGAUGGAGAGUCAGUGGAUUAUCCCAGCAUUCUGGUGGUGACCGGAGCCAUACCGCACUUCCAUCAGGCGCCACGCAGCUACAUGAGCUUCCCCACGCUGCCGGACUCCUCGUUUAAGCUCAACUUUGAGAUCACCUUCCGGCCGGAGGGCGACGACGGACUGCUGCUGUUCAACGGACAGACGCGCGGCACCGGCGACUACAUAGCCCUCUCGCUGAAGGACCGCUACCCAGAGUUCCGCUUCGAUUUCGGGGGCAAGCCGAUGCUCAUUCGAGCGGAGGAGCCGCUGCAGCUGAACGAGUGGCACACGGUGCGCGUCCAUCGCUCCAGGCGGGACGGUUACAUGCAGGUGGAUGAACAGCAUCCGGUGGCCUUCCCCACACUGUCGCAGGUGCCGCCGCUGGAUCUCAUCGAGGACCUGUACAUUGGUGGCGUGCCCAGCUGGGAGCUGCUGCCCGCGAACGCGGUCACGCAGCAGACGGGCUUCGUCGGCUGCAUCAGCCGCCUGACCCUCCAGGGCCGCACCGUCGAGCUGAUGCGAGAGGCCAAGUUCAAGGAGGGCAUCACCAGCUGCCAGCCCUGUGCCCAGAGUCCCUGCGACAACGGCGGCAUCUGUCUGGAGAGCCAGACGGAGGUGGCCUACUCCUGCGUCUGCCAGCAGGGCUGGACCGGUCGCAACUGCGCCUUUGCCGGCACCCAGUGCACCCCAGGCGUCUGCGGAGCCGGACGCUGCGAGAACACCGAACGGGACAUGGAGUGCCUGUGCCCCCUGAAUCGCACCGGCGACAGAUGCCAGUACAUCGAGCACCUCAACGAGCAGAGCCUCAACUUUAAGCGGAACAGCUAUGCGGCUUACGGUACGCCCCGUGUCACACGUGUGAACAUCACCUUGUCCGUGCGUCCCUCGAGGCUACGCGACUCUGUGCUCCUUUAUGCGGCAGAGUCGAAGCUGCCCAGCGGCGACUAUCUGGCACUGGUGCUGCGUGAUGGCCAUGUAGAGCUGCUGAUCAAUACGGCGGCACGACUGCGUCCAGUCGUUGUGCGCUCUGCCGAGCCCCUGCCCCUGCAUAGAUGGACGCGCAUUGAGGUGCUGCGUCGCCAGGGCGAGAGCGUGCUGCGGGUGGGCGAGGGCCAAGAGCAACGGGCCAAGGCUUCGGGAGCGGCGCGCACAUUGUCGCUGAAGACGCCUCUGUUUGUGGGCGGCUACGAUCGGGCCUCGGUGAAGAUCAACCGAGACGUGAACAUCACGGAGGGCUUUGAUGGUUGCAUUUCGGGACUGUACGACUCGCAGCGGUCCAUUCAGCUGCUGGCGGACAUCAAGGAUGCGGCCAAUAUCCAGAAUUGCGGCGAACUCAAUGAGAUCAGUGGCGCCGAUGGUGACGCUGAGGCUGAGGACGAGAGCGAGGUGCCAGUGGCACCCGCUGUGGUACCUUCAGCUCGUGUGCCAGAGGCCACCAGCGAGCAGGAGGAGCAACUGCAGCCCUACAACAUGGCGCCGUGUGCCAGCGAUCCCUGCGAGAACGGUGGCAGCUGCAGCGAAGUUGAGAACCAGGCCAUCUGCUCCUGCCCCCUGGGCUACAGCGGCAAGCAUUGCCAAGAGCACAUCCAAGUGGGCUUCAAUGCCUCGUUCCGCGGUCAUGGCUACAUGGAGAUCAAUCGCAAUCAAUUCGAUUCAAACAUAGAGCAGCUAUUCACCUCCGCCGCCAUGGUCUUCUCCACGAGCAAACCGAACGGGCUGCUACUCUGGUGGGGACAGGUUGCCGGCGAGGAGUUUGUGGGCCAGGACUUUAUCGCUCUGGCCGUUGUCGAUGGCUAUGUGGAGUAUUCGCUGCGUUUGAACGGUGAGGAGACGGUGAUCAAGAACAGCGACACCCGAGUGGACGAUGGCCAGCGGCAUAUUGUGCUUGUGAAGCGAGUGGACAACACGGCCAUUCUAGAGGUCGAUCGCAUCUCGCAUUCGGGCGAGACGCGACCCACCGGCAAGAAGGAGAUGAAGCUGCCGGGCAAUGUGUUCAUAGGUGGCAUUCCGGACAUUUCUCAAUUCACGGGCGGCCGUCAAAGGCACAACUUUGUCGGCUGCAUUGUGGUGGUUGAGGGCGAUGCCGUUGGCCAGAUAAAUCUGGGCCAGGCCGCCGUCAAUGCCGUCAAUGUGGACACCUGUCCAGUUAACGAUGAGUCCCUGGGAGGCACCGAACCGCCAGUUGUGUAAGGGAUACGCACACACACAACACGCGAAUCAGCAACCGAAAUUAGCUUUUUAAUUAAUUAACAAACAAAAUGAAGCCCAAUUUUUAUAUUGUAUAUCGUACAUGCACGCACACACUUGUACGCGAAGGAUGAAAUAACAUUUACGACAUGUUCUGUGUGUGUCGAGACCCAAAACUAUGAUUGCUUCUUCGAUCCUUAAGUCUAAGUUAAAGAUUGUAGCAAGAAAAAGAUGAGAGAAAUAUCACAAACAAAAAAAAUAAAAAAUAAAAGCCAUAUGAAAAAGUGAGACGACACGAGAACCGAAUCGAA